AUGAAUGGCUCCGGAAAAGUUUAUUUAUGCGAUUAUAUGCAUUCUGUAGAGCAUCCAAUUUCAUUAUGGUUAGAUGGACCUUGCACUUGUCUGGCUGCCACAUUUUCGGCGUUGGGCACCUCUUACGCAAUCGGAUUUCUGCGAAGAGCACAUUUGAACAAAAAUAUGACGGCUGCGUUGUACACACUAUGCAUUAUUGAUUUCAUGCUUAUGAUGACAACAAUACUUUUUUUGAGCAUCGAAGCCAACAGCAUAUUAUUCGCCGGCAAGAAUGUGAUGUUCGACAAACAGAUUAUGAUACUGAUGCUAUACGGUAUCCGAAAUAGUUUGGCAAUGUCCUCGACGAUGCUCGUAAUUUAUAUCACAUAUAUUCGGUAUCGAGUAGUCAAAAAUCCGCUGAGAUUCGCCUCCAACUACACUGCCAGACAUGGCAAUGUGGUAACUGGAAAACAGUCGCUAGUGGGACAAGUGUCCGAAUUGUCGCGGAAUUCGAUUCCGCCGAAUCCGUUCGAAGCAUGCAUGGAACAUUAUUCAUCAGCACAGAAGCUUAGAAAAUAUUAUAGGUCUUUCAUGAUUCCAGUCAUGGUUGUGAUACUCUGCUUUAUUUUUCAUCUACCUUCCUACUUUGAAUUCAACUUUGUCGUUUGCUAUGACAUUUCCCACAAAUCAAACUCAAUGAUGCUCAUCCCAUCGGAGCUUCGAUUCACUCCAGAAUACAUCAAAUGGAAGGCAAUGUUCACUUCAAUCACCGAGACUAUCGGCCCAAUGCUUGUCAUUUCGGUUUUGUCCCUUUUCACGGAGUAUCGAAUUCACAUGAAUGUGGUCAGUCGCAGAAGAUUAUUCGAAAGUCAGCGACGAAGUGAAGAUGUCCGCGUGACCGAGCAGUUAAAGGACAAGGCUUCAAAAGCAUUAGCAGUGUUCAUUGUUGUCAAAUUUUUGAUAUUAACAUCUCUUCCAACAUUCAUCGACAUCUAUGAGCUUACGGUAGCUUCAUCGCGCGAGUUCAGCUAUUUCAUGACAAUUUUGACGAGAAUGUCCGAUUUCCUUGUUGUUCUCAAUUCGGCGACGAACACGCUCGCUUAUUUCGGAAAAAAUCAAUUCGAGAAGUGUUUCAGAUGGCUGGAACGACGAAUUCGUCGUCGAAUCAAACGGAAACAAACGACAAGAAUUCUUCAGAUUUCCUUCGCCGAAUAA